AUGGGUCAAUACGGUGUAAUUCUCGAUGCUGGCUCUUCCGGCACCCGCGUGUACAUCUACAAAUGGAAGGAUCCCAACAAGGCCCUCAAGCAAGCUUCUGCCUCCGAUGCCCACGUACUACCGAAGCUGAAGCUCCACAAGAGCAAGAAGAUCCAUCCGGGAGUUUCUACCUUUGCUGAAGACGUCUCCUCUGUCGGGCCCGAUCAUUUGAAAGCGCUCAUCGACACCGCGCUCGACGAGAUACCAGCAUCCCAGGUCGCCCAGACACCAAUCUUCCUCCUGGCCACCGCUGGCGUUCGAUUCCUGCCCAAGCACCAGCAAACGGCAUUGCUACAAGGCAUCUGCACAUAUCUACAGGCCAACACACAGUUUCUGCUCCCCGACUGCGCAAGCCGUAUUCAGGUCAUCUCAGGCGAGACCGAGGGCUUGUACGGCUGGAUCGCUGCCAACUAUCUACUUGGCGGCUUCGAUAACCCCGACGAACAUGCGCACGGAAAAGGCCAUAAUACCUAUGGCUUCCUAGACAUGGGUGGUGCGUCGGCACAGAUUGCCUUUGCACCAAACUCAACCGAGACGGAAAAACACGCGAACGACCUUAAGCUGGUCCGACUGCGACGCCUAGAUGGCUCUCCUAUGGAGUACAAGGUCUUUACAGCUACGUGGCUCGGUUUUGGGGCUAACAAGGCGCGAGAACGAUUUGUCGAAGGCUUACAAGAGCAGUACGGCAAAGCGAAAGGCGACAUUCCGGACCCUUGCCUACCGAAAGGCUUGCGAACCUCCAUCAAGGGCGAGCCCCUUGGCAGCAAGCAAUCAUCCGAUUUUGCGCUUGUUGGAACCGGCAUGUUUGAAGAAUGCCUCCGUAAGACGUACCCCUUGUUGGGUAAAGAUGUGCCAUGCAAGGAUGACCCGUGCUUACUCAACGGUCAGCAUGUGCCCGCCAUUGACUUUGAUGUGAACCACUUCAUUGGCGUCUCGGAGUACUGGCACACAACACAUGGCGUCUUUGGCCAAGAGAGCAAAGUCUACGACUUGAUCGCAUACGAGCAGGAGGUUAAUGCAUUCUGCAGCCAGGACUGGUCGGUAAUUGAACAUGGACUUGAUAAGAGAAAGAAGACGAUGGAGGAGAAGGCAGAGAACGCCAGGGAAGCUUGUUUCAAAGCCUCAUGGUUAAUCAAUGUGCUAUAUGAGGGCAUUGGCAUCCCGCGGAUCAGUCUAGGGGACAUUCCCGGCACAAAAGUCAACAACACCAAGGGAGCUGUGGAAAAGGCGAAAGGUAAGGGGUUUUUAGAUCCCUUCCAGCCUAUUGACACGAUUGGAGGCGUUGAGGUCAGCUGGACUCUGGGCAAAAUGGUUCUCUACGCUGCCGGACAGAUCCCCCCACAAGGCUCAGCACUUCCUGUUGGAUUCGGAAGCAAUACAGGAUUGGAGAUUCCCUCUGAUUUUGAACUUGCCGGGUCCAAACCCUUGUUUCCAGGCUCUCAUUACCAUGACGACGAUGACGACGACGAUGUCGUUUCAAAUCGCUCUUCACCUGUCUCUGGUCUAUUGGUGCUGAUGCUGAUUCUCCUCUUCGUUGGCUACCUCCUAAGAAAAACCGAAUGGGGCCCUAGAGUGCUAGGCAAGUUCCGCCGUUUCCGGAAAUCUAGAAGCUCGUCUUUUGUGAGAAACCUCUUCGGCAGAAACCCAACAAGCUAUGAACGGUUAUUAGAGGAAGGCGGUGCGCUUGAGUUUGAGCUUGGAGGCACAGAAUCCGACGAAACUGACGGCUCGGACGGCGGAGAGACGUCAAGAUCUGCUAGAGGCAACCGACUGUCGGGAACCAAGGCGAGCUUCGAGCGGUUUGAGGGGAUGCGUCCCCCAUCAGUAAUGGAUAGGCAUGGGCUUGUUUUGCGGACAGAGAGCUGCGAGCGACUUGCUCCGACACUUCAAAUGCUGAACGCUGGCCGUCGCAGCAGGGCCGGAAGUCCGACACGGUUGAAGAAUUCCAUUAUGAUACCGCAGGAAAGCUAG